AUGACUCACUCAAGUGCUUCUGUAUUUAGGAACCAAGAAAAUCAGAGUGGUGGAGUCACCUUUGUUCUUUUGGGCUUCUCAGAAUACCCAAAACUCCAGUUGCCUCUGUUUCUGGUAUUCCUGACCAUCUACACAGUCACUGUGCUGGGAAACCUAGGCAUGAUUGUGAUUAUCAAGAUCAAUCCCAAACUCCACACCCCCAUGUACUUUUUCCUCAGCCACUUAUCCUUUGUUGAUUUCUGUUACUCUACCAUAGUCACACCCAAACUAUUAGAAAACUUGGUUGUGGAAGACAGAACCAUCUCCUUCACAGGAUGCAUCAUGCAAUUCUUCUUUGGAUGUAUUUUUGUGGUGACAGAAACAUUCAUGUUGGCAGCAAUGGCAUAUGACCGAUUUGUGGCAGUUUGUAACCCUCUUCUCUACACAGUUGUAAUGUCUCAGAAGCUUUGUUUUUUGUUGGUGUCUGCAUCCUACUCUUGGGGUAUAGCCUGUUCUUUAAUAUUCACAUGCUUUUUGUUGACCUUAUCCUUUUGUGGUAAUAACUUCAUAAAUAACUUUGGCUGUGAGCAUGCUGCCAUAGUUGCUGUCUCCUGCUCAGAUCCAUACAUUAACCAGAAGAUCAUGAUAGUCUCUGCCACAUUCAAUGAAAUAAGCAGCUUAAUAAUCAUCCUUACUUCAUAUGUUUUCAUUUUUAUCACUGUCAUGAAGAUGCCUUCAACUGAGGGACGCCAAAAAGCCUUCUCCACAUGUGCCUCCCACCUGACCACCAUUACCAUUUUCCAUGGGAGCAUCCUUUUUCUCUACUGUGUUCCUAACUCCAGAAGUUCAUGGCUCAUGGUCAAAGUAGCCUCUGUCUUUUACACAGUGGUCAUCCCAAUGCUGAAUCCCCUGAUCUACAGCCUCAGGAACAAAGAUGUGAAAGAUACAGCCCACAAGUUAGUCAAUACUAAAUUGUUGUGUGAUGAAUUAUAA